GCCGGACCAGUUUCCUGGACGAUAGAGGGAGGAGCCUGGCAUUUCUGGAAGUCGGAGGAACAGCCAGUCAAAGCCAGCCAGCAUCUGAAGCCAGCGAUAGGAACCGGAGCAACGGUGGACUAAACGGGUCCAGGCUGCUGUGUUGGAAUAUAAUUUUAAUAUUCAGAAAGCACAGACGGUGUGUGCUGCAGAGUUAGUCGUCGACAUGCACGCGACGGACUUCCAUUUGGGCUCGGGAAGCUGAAGCAUAUCGCAGCCAGGACACAUUACGUUGUCGGUGGGAUAAGCCAUCUGUGAUACAGGGUGUGUGUGCACAGCGAGCUCAUAUUAAACCCAGCUAGCCAACCAUUUUUCGAGGUUCUCCGUUAGCUUGCGGUGCAGGGAGCAUCUUGGUCGGUGCGUAACGCCUCCGUGGAUGCUACUGAGGGAGUCCUGUGUCUGGCAGAGAUACACACCCGAGGCAUGCAACGAGCGAGGACAUCUCCACACCCUGGGGUCUGCUCUGUGGGCACUAUUUAGCUUAGCUCGCUGGCUAGCCAGCCUACCAGAAGGUGGGGCCGCGGAGUGACAGCCUCUUGGACGCCAGCUAAUGUGGCUAGCCGGCUAACUUGGGACUAUUUCAGCGGCCACUGAUUUUUCCUGUCACUAACAUUUUUUUUUUUAAACCCUAAACAAGAAAAUACAAAAUCCGCGUGGGUGUGAUAUCUUGAGGAGAGCAUCCUCGUUUUACCUAAAUGACCAUGGCGGACGACGACGUGCUGUUCGAGGAUGUCUACGAGCUGUGCGAGGUGAUUGGCAAGGGUCCCUUCAGCGUGGUGAGGCGCUGCAUCAACAGGGACACGGGCCAGCAGUUUGCUGUAAAGAUCGUGGAUGUGGCCAGCUUCACCUCCAGCCCCGGCCUCAGCACGGAAGAUCUGAAGCGAGAGGCCAGUAUUUGCCACAUGCUGAAGCACCCCCACAUCGUGGAGCUGCUGGAGACCUACAGCUCCGACGGCAUGCUCUACAUGGUCUUUGAAUUUAUGGACGGAGCAGACCUGUGCUUUGAAAUCGUGAAGAGAGCCGAUGCCGGCUUUGUGUACAGCGAAGCAGUGGCCAGUCACUACAUGAGGCAGAUUUUGGAGGCUCUUCGAUACUGCCACGACAACAAUGUGAUUCAUCGCGACGUGAAGCCUCACUGUGUGCUGUUGGGCUCAAAGGAGAACUCUGCUCCGGUCAAGCUGGGGGGGUUCGGAGUGGCGAUCCAGCUGGGAGAGUCUGGUUUAGUAGCUGGAGGUCGAGUCGGCACACCUCACUUCAUGGCCCCAGAGGUAGUGAAGAGGGAGCCGUACGGCAAACCGGUGGAUGUGUGGGGAUGUGGAGUCAUCCUCUUCAUCCUCCUCUCUGGCUGCCUUCCCUUCUACGGCACCAAGGAGCGCUUGUUCGAGGCCAUCAUUAAGGGGAAAUACAAGGUGUGUGUGCUCGUCCAGAUGAACCCCCGCCAGUGGGCCCACAUCUCGGAGAGCGCCAAGGACCUGGUGAGACGCAUGCUGAUGCUGGACCCGGCUGAGAGGAUCACCGUCUACGAGGCCCUCAACCACCCCUGGCUGAAGGAGAGGGACAGGUACGCCUACAAGAUCCACCUGCCUGAAACAGUGGAACAGCUGAGGAAGUUCAACGGCAGGAGGAAGCUGAAGGGUGCAGUGCUGGCAGCUGUUUCCAGCCAUAAGUUUAAUUCCUACUAUGGCGACCCCCCAGAGGAGCUACAUGACUUCUCAGAUGACCCCACCUCCUCAGGACUGCUAGCUGCUGAAACAGGGGCAGUUUCACAGGUUUUGGACAGUCUAGAGGAGAUUCAUGCAUUGACGGACUGCAGUGAGAAAGACAUGGACUUUCUGCACAGUGUCUUCCAGGACCAGCACCUCCACACACUGUUAGAUCUUUAUGACAAAAUCAACACCAGGUCGUCCCCUCAGAUCAGAAACCCUCCGAGUGAUGGAGUGCAGAGAGCCAAAGAGGUACUGGAAACCCUCUCCUGUUACCCAGAGAACAUGGAGGCCAAGGAGCUCAGGAGGAUCCUCACACAGCCACACUUCAUGGCUCUGCUGCAGACCCACGAUGUGGUGGCCCACGAGGUCUACAGCGACGAUGCGCUGAGGGUGACCCCCCCGCCCACUUCCCCUUACCUGAACGGAGAGUCCCCAGACAGCACCAACGGAGACAUGGACCUGGAGAACGUCACCAGGGUUCGCCUGGUCCAGUUUCAGAAGAACACCGAUGAGCCCAUGGGCAUCACUCUGAAAAUGAACGAACUGAACCACUGUAUUGUGGCCCGAAUCAUGCACGGUGGAAUGAUUCAUCGACAAGGGACUCUGCAUGUAGGAGAUGAGAUCCGGGAGAUUAAUGGCAUCAGCGUGGCCAAUCAGACGGUAGAGCAGCUUCAAAAGAUGCUGAGGGAGAUGAGAGGUAGCAUCACCUUCAAGAUUGUGCCCAGUUACCGGUCCCAGUCCAUGUCUUGUGAGAAAGAGUCGCCAGAUGUGUCACGACAGUCGCCUGCAAACGGUCAUGCCAGUGUCACCAGCUCCAUCCUGGACCUGCCAGCGACGAUCCAGCCCAAAGGGCGUCAGAUCUCCAGACCUGCCAUCAAGGACAAAUUGUCCAUCAAGAUUUAUGUUCGCGCUCAGUUCGAGUAUGACCCGACGAAAGACGACCUCAUCCCAUGCAAGGAGGCCGGCAUUCGCUUCCAGGUGGGUGACAUCAUUCAGAUCAUCUCCAAGGACGACCACAACUGGUGGCAGGGAAAGCUGGAGAACACCAAGAACGCCACAGCGGGCCUCAUCCCCUCACCUGAGCUACAGGAGUGGCGCGUGGCGUGUAUAGCGAUGGAGAAGACCAAACAGGAGCAGCAGGCCAGUUGUACCUGGUUUGGCAAGAAGAAGAAACAGUACAAAGACAAGUACCUGGCCAAGCACAAUGCAGUGUUCGACCAACUAGAUCUGGUGACGUACGAGGAAGUGGUCAGAGUGCCAUCAUUCAAAAGGAGAACACUGGUCUUGCUUGGUGCACAUGGAGUUGGACGGAGGCACAUCAAGAACACACUUAUCACCAAACAUCCUGACCGCUUCGCCUACCCCAUCCCUCACACGACUCGGCCUCCGAAGAAGGACGAGGAGAACGGAAAGAACUACUACUUUGUGUCCCACGACCAGAUGAUGCAGGACAUCAGCAACAACGACUACCUGGAGUACGGCAGCCACGAGGACGCCAUGUACGGAACCAGGCUGGAGACGAUCCGGCAGAUCCAUGUGCAGGGCAUGGUCUCCAUCCUGGAUGUGGAACCACAGGCACUAAAGAUCCUCAGGACAGCGGAUUUUGCUCCCUAUGUUGUCUUCAUCGCAGCUCCCACUGUCACCCCAGGCAUGACCGAGGAUGACUCCCUUCAGCGGCUCCAAAAGGAAUCCGAGAUGCUGCAGGGGACCUACGCCCACUACUUUGACCAGACCAUCAUCAACAACGAGAUUGACGACACCAUCCGACACCUGGAGGAGGCCGUAGACCUGGUGUCCACCACCUCUCAGUGGGUCCCCGUCUCCUGGGUCUACUGACACACGCUCAACGGCAAUCCGCUCAUCGCUCUGGACGAUCCAUCUCUGAUCCAACACGGAUGCUAAACUUCUCACGUCUCUCAUCAGAAUCGCACAUUUCUGUAGAUAAACUGUUGUUGAAAAAGAGGGAAAUGAAGAAACCAGUGACUCACUACAGAGACUUCAUCCUGCCCCCGCCCCCUUUUUCUCAGCAGCCUCAAAGGCAUAUUGUUGUGUACAUAUAUACAUAUAUAUAUAUAAAUGAUUAAAAAACGAAGUGAAUACGGUUCUGUCCUAGCUGAAGGAGUGGGAGUGGAGGGGCAGUGUGGUAGAUAUUUUGUACUUUUCUUUUUUUAAUCGACGUAUGGGCGGUAAUAUUGGCGAGGCAAUGGCGAGCAUGACCAUAAAGCAGUCUUACGUGGGUGCCUGUGUGUGUGCGCGUUGACCUUUUUAAGGCACUUCUUGUGGUAAUCUUGUGUCCUUCCCUCCAACACCCCCUCGUCUCCUCGGCCACUGUGACAUACACGCCGAACCUUUAAAGCACAUUAGAAGCUGCUAUAGUGGCGACAAGUAACUCCCUCAGCUCCGAAUGCAAGUUUGAGUGAAGCAGAAAGCACAAGAAACUUGGCAGUUCCCCCCCCACCUCUUUUAUUUAUUUCACUGGCCCUCUGUGCCUGUCAGUUUGUCGAAGGAGCACACUGCAUCCCUCUACGCUGUCUCUUCCCGUGUGUUAGCCUAUUGUACCAUGCUUCCCCUCCAAGCCUCCGACGGUCCUUGUUUACGCCUCAGUUUGCACAAAAUGGACAAUGAAGAAGAUGUGUUCUGCACCUCGUUCACCUCACGGUUUAUAUUUCAUCUUUUACCCCUUCUCCCCUCCGUACAUGAAAUGCCAAUCGGUGGUCGACGGACCUGGGAUAUCGUUCUCGGGGCGCGAUCAAAAAGCGCUUCCAUCAACCACAAACUCUGGCUCCUGAACUGGACGACAAAAACAAACGAAGGAAAAAAAAUAAACUGCCUUAUCAGAGCCUCGGGGAAGAAGUCUGUAACACCUAUGCACACCCCUGGUGUCUGCCCGGCACACCGCCACGACCACCAUUUUCUUCUCUGCCCACACUCAAAUAGUGAGCCAUGCUUGUUAAAAUUAAAGUGUUCAUAGGAAUAUCUGUGGAAGGGGGGGGGCGCCUCGUGUAGGUGGGAUGAAUCCAAUCCUAGAGCCACCAUUUUGGAACUGUUAACUGUUGUCUUUAAAAAUAUAAAGGAGUAUCCUUGUUUUGAGGGAGAGAAAAUAACUACAUUUUGUGUGUAAAUGUUUCAAUGGUGCGUACGUCAUACGAGUGAAUAACCAAGAGCCAGUGUAUAUUAACCCUUAAAAGAAGCUCAGUAUGUGACAUAGCCUCUUCAUGCUUUACCAGAAGUGAGACGACACUGCCCCACCUACAGUAUCUCGGUAAGUAAGCACAUCAGGUGAAGGGUCUUAGACAAAAGAUGAAAAGUUUUUUUGUUUUUUUAAGUCAUUAUUUUCCACUGUGUGGUGUGGUUGCUGUUGCUCCACUUCAAGUAAAGUGUUUUCAUUUCAAGUCCUGUGUAAAUUACCUCUGCAAAUGACAAAAGCAGCUCUUCUGUAUGAAAUGUUGUUCUUUUUUUGUUAUUUCAUUUUUCAAAAAAAAAUAUAUUUCCUUUUACGUGUUUAAAGUAAA